ACAGCUUGUGCCUGGAAGCUGGAGGGAAGGAAGGAGCAAAGCGAAAGUGGGUCAAGAGGCAGCCCUUGGCUGGGAGAGAGGGAACAGCUGCGGAGACGACGGAGGAGCAGAAGGAAAGGCUUCAGCCGAGGGACGACCGCAAGGGACACCCGUUCCGUCCCCCUCAAAGAGAGGGAAGGUCCCAAGAAUGGCUUCUGGCCACCAAAAAACCCACAUUUCCAUAUAUCGAGGAAGCAGCCGGGUGGCCAAAGCGAGCCAAGCCAGGCGAGGGCCGGGCGGCUACUAGGUGAUGGGCAAUGCCAAGGUAGCUGGUGGCAACCGUCCCCGUGGCAACCGUCCCCGUGGCAACACUAACAACCUUGCUUUGGAAAGGAGGCGGAAAGAUGGUGGACGUCACGUCGGGCUUGGAGUGCCUGGACGUGGGCUCCCUGCACGCCAAGCAGCAAGACCAGCUCCUCCAGUUCAAGAUCAACGCCAAGAUUGCGAAUGAGAGAUACUUGCGUUCCCACAAGGAAGUAGGGCUGAUGCUCUCCGGAUUCCUCAGGGAAGUCCUGCUCCAGAGACCAGACAACAUACGGGAGUUUGCGGCUGACUAUUUUACCGAUCCCGACCUCCCCGCGAAGAUCCAGAAAGAGAUGAUGGACAAAGCCAACGAGGCCAUUUGAGAUCGCGCUGACGCGGAAGAC